UAAACUUCUAAUAUGCUCAAGAGAAGUUCUCUCUCUAUACCUAUCUUUUCAAAUUCCACAAUGUUAGUCGGGUGGUGCCGCCAUCCACGGAGGCGGCUUCGGAGGCGGAGGGGAAGCACCAUUCGGCUAGGUAAUAAGCGGAGAGGAUUCUGUUUAGGAUCAAGGCCGGUGGUUCAAUGGGGGGUGAUGGCGACUCCUCUACGGAUGAUAAAGAAGAUUAUUAUGGAUUUGGUACCAAGUAAUCAAUUUAUUGAGGCUUAUUAUUUAUCCUUAUUACCAAUUUUACGUGCUCAAAUAUUUCCUAUUUGUUGAUUAAUUGCUAAUAUUAACAAGUUGUUAAUAACAACAUUUUCUUCUUUGGUUGAUCUUUUUCUUUUCUUCUUCUUCAAUGUAAAAUGAGGGUUCAAUAAUAACCCUUAUGUUGGAAA